CGCAGCACCUCGCGCAUUGGUUCCUCGUGGUUAAGGGUUUGUGCUUCCGGUAAUCAGACUCCUCAGCUGACUGAUGUCAACUCAAGAACGGGCUUUGGGCUGCGAGUACCUCUUGAUGUCCAGACCGUUAUUCGGAUAGCCUGUCCUGCAUCUCGGCAAAAAUGACCACCGCAGUCUUUACCUCGCUUCUCAUCUUCACCGCUCUAUCCAUGGGCCAAACAAGAGUGGUGAUAGAUUCUUCUAUGCUAACCACUGAUGCAGACGGUUUAACAGAAGGUUUAACGUCGAAACGUAUGUGUGAGGACUGCACCAAGAUUACCCAAGUGCUCAUGGGUUCCACCAUGCUCACCCCCAUGCAGUUUGCAAUGCUGAAGAAAACAUUGUAUGGAGUAUGUCAGAAGCUUCCCAAAGGAGAUCUCAAGAACCGCUGCUUCACCCUGGUGGACCAUCGCCUUCCUGCAUUCAUGCAGAGUGACCUGUGUUCGCUGCUGGGCGUGUGUCCCGCUAAGCCCACACCCACGCCGGAGGCGGACCAACUCCCCAACGUCCAUCUCAAUGGCAACGACAUGCUGGACCUCAGCCCUGCCUUCCUCCCCACAGAGGGAACCAAGCCCGUAGUGCCGGCCGGAUCAACCUGCACUUUGUGUAUUACAAUGUUUAAGAAGCUGGAGGAAAUGCUGCCCAAAGACAGAACUGAGGACCAGGUGGUGCAGAUGCUGAGUAAGGUGUGUAAGAUGAUGCCUGAGAAACACAUCAAGCAGUGCAACGAGCUGCUGGCCAAAUACGGCAAGCAGGUGGUGGACUUCGUGCUGUCCGACAUGGCUCCCCACACCAUCUGUGUCAUGCUGCGCCUCUGCAUGUACACGCCCCCCAAAGAGCUGCCCGUGGCCUCAGACUGUACUUCCUGUUUGACGCUGUCGGCUCUGACACGUUUCCAUCUGGGCCGCAAUGCCACCGAGAUGCAGAUCGCCUCCCUGAUGCAGAAUGUCUGCCAGCGCCACCCUGACACCAUUCCUCAGUGUGAGAUCUUCACCCAGAUCUACGAGUCGAAACUCCCGAGGAUUUUGGGAAAACAACAUGGUGGUCAAGAUGCUUGUGAGAAAGAGGACUUCUGCCAAGGCCAGUCAUGGGAAAAUAUCCACUAGAGCCUUCACCUGUCUCUUCAUUUAACUUAAGGAUCCAUAUUAACUGCUUAUGUACUAACCACCUCAUUAUCACAUGCUUUUUUGCAAUGUGGAGGGGAAAA